AUGGAGGGGCCUCAACAGGACUUCGAACAGGACGUCGAUGUGCCGAUGGAGGAGGACGUUCUGGCCGUCAGGACGCCAACGCCAGGCAGGGCGGGGCAUGAUGAUGGAGGGGUGAUGGACGAGAUGGAGUUGGCUGGGGAGGAUGCCGUAAGCGAGGCGGAAGAGGAGGCGGCCCCGGCCAUCUCGCCGGAAAGGAAGGCUGCGUGGCUGAAGAAGUCCAGGAAGAUGGCUGACCAGCGCCGUCGCUCUCGGCGUCCCGAGAGUCCUUCCCCUUUGGGCACCCGGCCGAUCGCCCCUCUUGGGUCGGCGACAUCUCCUCGAGCCAGACGUGAGGCUCGACAAGGGUCGGACGAUCCCGACCAACGGGAGGCAGGGCAGAUCUGGGCGGGGUAUUGGGGGACCCGGUCCCAGAGACGGGCGAGAAUGGAGGAGGAGGAGGAUGAGCUUGAGUCGGUUCAAGCGUCUUCGGAUUGGGCGAGGCCAACGCCGACGAAGAGGAUCAGGAGGGUCCCCGCCCGGAAUCCUCUCAGCCCAACCAAGCAGGGCACCCGGGCUGGCCCCGACAACAACACCCAGGCUGGUCCUGGACCUCAAACUCGCGCCAACCGCGCUGCCACCUCGGCCGCCUCGUCCCCGGCCAAGUCUCCUCGCAGGAAGCCCAAGCCUGCCACCUCGUCCCCUGCCGCGACGCCCACCAAGGGUAAAGGUAGGGCGACAUCCACCAAGGGUGGUAGGGGCCAGGCCAAGGCUGAGAUCAAGCCCGAGGUCAAGCAGGAGCCGAGUGCGGGGACGCUCCUGAACCACGCGAAGGCGAAACGGCGCCAAGAAGAUCCCGGUGCGGUCGAGUUUCUCGGAGACGAGAGGUGCGACACCUGUCGUAGCCUCGGAGCCUCGAAGGGUGGGGACGAACCGUGGUGGGGUUGCUGGAGAAACCCAAACUCCAAGAAGGAGCGCUCCUGCUCCCACUGCGUGGCGGUUCGUGCGAAGUGCUCGUUCAACGACGAGCCCAGGCACGUUGACCCGCCCGCGGCAGGUCCCAGUACAACUGGGCUGAGCCAGGAGUGGGUGAACGGUUUGGCUGCCCGGCUCGACCGAGCGAUCGGAGGGAUGGAGGUGGGUCUCGGAGUCCUGAACUCGAUGGCCGCCACUGCUCUUGGAGAGCCAGCCAACAACAUGUUGGCCGAGCGGAUUCAGGAGUUUUCGGCCGUGAGCGCGGACCUCCGCCGUGGUCCCUCUGGGUCGACCGCUGCCGCCGCCAUCGAGGUUGAGGCUGACGACGAGGACGAGGAGGACGAGGAGGAGGAGGAGGAGGAGGAGGAGGAGAAGGAGGAGGACGAACAAUCAAGGAUCCUUCGAAAGAUAUUCAUCAUCGUCAGCGAGACCCUCGUAGGGGUGGUGGGGGUCCGCUACCAUAGGCGCAUUCUACCUCAGGGCAACACCGACGGCAACACCAACGGUUUCGCGAGCCUGCACCCCAAUGUCACCGACCAUUGUCUUUCGCUCGGAACCCCUCGCCCAAAUCCCCGGCUUACAAGGGCAGUACUUCUUCCAGGGACGAUGAACUUCGCAUGGGACGAUCAAGGGGCAACUAUACAGGCGGCAACGUAUGAGUACAACAUCCUCGAACGACCCUCAACGUUCGACAACAUCCUCGAACGACCCUCAACGUUCGACAACACCCUCGAACGACUCCCUUCCGUUCCCAUGUCGACAUCAGCAUACACUCUGAACGUCCGACAACAUCCCAGAACUACCCGCCCAUCAUCCUCGGACCACCCUCACCCUCAACGCCCUAACCCAACGCCCGACAGCAUCCUCGGACCACCCUCUUCUCCAGCACGAUUCCCUCUCCCCCUCUCAGACGGUCCACUCCGACCCCUACAAAUGUUGUUCUGUGAGAAGGAAAGCCCGAUUCAGCUCUCCCAUGGGUUUCACCGACCCUCGGCCGACUGGCGGGCAAACUGGGGGGGUAGACUCACUAUCGCAGCUGCACCUUGGGCGGCUCAGUGGCAGGCUCAGGACGAGGGCGACCCUCCUGAGGUCUGGGCGAUCGUCGUCGGCGAUAGCCUCGUCCCCUUGCAGGGAGAGAGGGAGGAGGAGCUGGACGUUCGUCCUGCGGGGGAGGAACGCCCGGGACAGAGACAGGCUCGACUUGGGCGGUACAGGAUCAUUGACAUCUCCUUCUGGGUUGUCCAGAUUGCCCGACCGGAACCGAUUACGGAUGUGACCGCGACUUCCCUCAUCAAGACCUUGCAACAGUGCUUGCAUAUCUCUCAGGGUGGCUUCUAUGGCACGUCGUCUACCCCCCAGAGGUUGUGGUCGGGCGGGAUUUGCCGCUAUCGGCCGACCUGUCUCUCCCGCGUAUUGGAUUUCGGGAGUCACGGAACGUUCUUGAGGUUGCGCAAUUGUCCUGCCAGAGGCGUUCUGAAUACUCCUCUGCGCAGGGGUGGCGGGUCCGGGAGAGGGGCUAUCCCUGACAGUCCGUUGGCUCUCCUCAAUCGGACUUGGCAAACGAUCUGGACGGCUAUGUUCGGUUCGAGCGACCUCACCGACGACCUCACCGACCGGUCGGUCAUCUGGUCGGUCUCUUGCGCUUUGGACAGCCUGCCUGUCCUCGGGGGU